GGGAUCAGUUAUUGUCGCUGGGGCUGGACCGGGACAGGAGAGCGAACGAACGGCUCUUCUGCAAGAAGUAAACGCGCAUCCAGGGCCCUUUUCUUCCAUUUCUUCCUCCCGUAUCCCCCUUUUCUUUCUCGGCUUUCCCUCCUGCUGAGAUGAGGAGAUAAUCAACAGAGGAUCAGCUGCUCACGAAGUUUUGAAGUUGUUGGAAAGAGUUUGGACAGGAGAAGAGGAAGAUGCUGGGGUUUGAGAUCAUCGUGCUCUGUCUUCUUUUUGGAGCCCUGACUCACGGCCAGACAACAGAGUGCAGCAAGAAGAAUGAGUGUCCCAUAGACGUGUACUUCACCAUAGACACGUCUGAGACCAUCGCCCUGCAGGAGCCGCCCCCUGGAUCGCUGGUGGAGAGCAUCAAGGUAUUCACUGAGCAGUUUGCACAGCGUUUAGAAGAUGCCGAAUUGAAAGGUGCUGUGCGGAUCAGAUGGAACAUCGGUGGACUGCACUUCUCCCAGACACAGAAGGUGUUCAGUUCCAUCGGAUCGAAGAACGAUUUCAUCACUGGUGUCAGGGGGAUCCGUUACCUGGGUAAGGGCACCUACAUCGACUGCGCCCUCACCAACAUGACCCAGCAAAUGCUGCGCUCAACCUCAUACCCCAAGGCCCUCCGAUUUGCUGUGGUCAUCACCGACGGCCACGUGACCGGAAGACCGUGCGGGGGCAUCAAAGUGGCAGCAGAGAGGGCUCGCGACGAGGGCAUCCGGAUGUUUGCUGUGGCGGCAUCGAAGAAUAUUGAAGAGACGGGGCUGGGGGAGAUCGCCAACUCUCCAGCGACGGUCUACAGGAGGGACUUCAUGGCUGUGGAUCUGAGCCAAGGCAGAGCCUUGAUACACACGGACACCAUUGAUCGCAUCAUCAAGACUAUGCUACAUUUGGCAUAUGUAGAGUGUUACAGUGUGUCCUGUCUGGAGACAGAAGGGCCUCCCGGUCCAAAAGGCCACAGAGGACAAAAAGGAGCUAAAGGAGACAACGGCGAAGCAGGUCUGAAAGGAGGAAGAGGUCGCCCAGGAGACCCCGGUAUCGAGGGUCCCAUCGGUCAGCCCGGUACCAAAGGAGAAACAGGUCUUAAAGGCGACAAGGGAGAGAUAGGAUCUCAGGGGAAAAAGGGCGUGGCUGGCAUCCCAGGACGCAAUGGGACAGAUGGACAGAAGGGUAAAAUUGGACGGAUCGGUGCUCCCGGCUGCAAAGGAGACCCAGGCGACCGAGGUCCUGAUGGUCACCCUGGAGACGUUGGUGAACGUGGUCCCUUUGGAACUGAUGGAGAGAAGGGUGAUCCCGGUCGCCCUGGAAGACCUGGUCCCCCUGGCCUGUCUGGAGAGCCUGGACCAAAGGGAGAGAGGGGAGGUCCUGGAUCUCCUGGCAUCCCUGGACUGAAAGGAAACCCAGGAACCCCUGGACUUCCAGGAACCAGAGGAGAGCUGGGGAGAAGAGGAGACUAUGGGCCAAAGGGUAGUCAAGGGCCAGAUGGAGUUAAGGGAGACAAGGGUGAAAUGGGGCCAGAGGGCUUGAGAGGACUUCCAGGUGAAUCAGGAAACAAAGGAACAAAGGGAGACAAUGGCCUGCCAGGCCCCAGGGGGCCACCGGGGACACCAGGAGAGGCGGGGAAAAAUGGUACCAGAGGUGACCCUGGUGAUCCUGGACCAAGAGGAGAACCUGGAUCGCCUGGACCAAAGGGAGACAAUGGAAGACCUGGCUUUAGCUAUCCUGGACCAAGAGGACCAUCGGGUGACAAAGGAGAGAAUGGCAACCGUGGACCUCGUGGCAGCAGAGGAGACUGUGGUCAAAAGGGUGAGCCUGGAAAUAAAGGAACUCCGGGAGAGGCAGGUGAGCCAGGACCUCAGGGGGAACCUGGACGAAGAGGAACAAGAGGAGAGCGUGGACGUGACGGAGAUCCUGGACAUGAGGGAGAUCCCGGCCUCACUGAAUGUGAUGUCAUGAACUACAUCAGGGAAACAUGUGGCUGCUGUGACUGUGAGAAACGCUGCGGAGCCCUAGAUAUUGUGUUUGUGAUCGACAGCUCAGAGUCGGUGGGUCUGACUAACUUCACCCUGGAGAAGAAUUUUGUCAUCAACACCAUCAACAGACUGGGAUCCCUUGCCAAAGACCCCCAGUCAGAUACAGGUACAAGAGUGGGAGUUGUUCAGUACAGUCACAGUGGAACCUUCCAGGCCAUCCGGCUUGACGACCCCAAAAUUGAUUCACUGUCUGCUUUUAAGGAAGCAGUGAAGCAAUUGGAGUGGAUCGCUGGAGGAACAUGGACUCCAUCUGCUCUGAAGUACGCCUACGACAACCUGAUCAGGGACAGCCGCAGAGCCAAAGCCAACGUCACUGUAGUUGUCAUCACUGACGGACGCUUCGACCCCAGAGAUGACGACUCGCUGCUCACCUACCUCUGCAGUGAUCCCAGUGUUGAUGUGAGUGCCAUCGGAAUCGGAGACAUGUUUGACCAGAUUGAGGAGAAUGAGAGUCUGAAGAGCAUCGCCUGCGAGAGGGAUGGCAGGGUGCUGGGCAUGAGGCGCUUUGCAGACCUCGUGGCCGAGGAGUUCAUAGACAAGAUUGAAACCGUGCUCUGCCCAGAUCCUAUCAUCAUAUGCCCUGAUCUCCCUUGUAAAUCAGGAGGGGGCGUCACUGCGGGGCAAGCCCCUCCCCCCUGGAAGCCAUUGGCCGAGGAAGGCAGCCCCUCAAUGGUCCCCACCUCUUUGGAGGGUGUGGCCAGCCUGCUGAGCGGCCUGAGUGAGCAGCAGUAUGGGGUUGGCGUUGCAACCAUGGCGUACACAGCCCAGAGAGCCAAACUCGCCCAGGGAGCGGACAGGCAGCAGUGGACCCAGCUGUUCAUCGACUCCUUCAAAUAUGUCUAUGGAGACAUUCUGGGAGACCCAGAGAAAGCCUUAGGACUCUGCUAAUGCUAAUAUGCUAACCAUGCUACCUCGCAAUUAUGGACGACAAUAACUAAUAACCUUACUGCUGGAGAAGCAUAGAAUAGAUUUUAUUAUAACUGUGGGCAUUUUUUUCACUCUGCGGGUGCAAUAUAUACCUGGGCUAAUGCAAAAGAAUCGCAUGACAUGAAGCUGGUCCUGUGCUAACAUUUCAGAGCAGCCUUAUGUACAGUUACUGUAUAUGAUGGGCCAAAAUUCAAAAUGUGGAUUCAUGAUGCUCCCUCUCUUCAUAUAAUAUUUCUGAAUUAACCUAUAUGGAGAUGUUUCUCAGAAAAGUAUGUCUGUUAGACAUAUGAUACAUAUCAUUUAUUCCACCUUAGUGGAGGAAUGUUUUCCAUUCACAUGGAAAGCAGAUGUCAUCCAUUUGUUGGAGGCAGAUUGGUCUGUAGAGCCAUUCAUGUUGCUCCUGUAUAGUGUACAGUGGCUCUUUGAUGAAGCCUCAUUUCCACUGUGAAUCACAAGCUCGCUAAAUAACUCUGAUGACAUGUAUUUUGCUGUUUUGCACAUAUCCAUGGUUACGGCCUUUACUUUUUUCUUGUGCUCUGUGAAUGACUCAUGUUGGUGAAAAGGCCAUUACAUGUGGAAAAUAUCUGGUUUUAUACAUGUCACAGUAGACUGUAUAUGAGUCAGACAUUGGUAUAUGUGGAUGUUUGGUCGAUUGACUUGGCACUGACAAUGAAAGGACUUUUGUAUGUUACGCCCUUGAUCGGUGCAUGUUUUUUUGCAUGUGGCUUGGCUUGUAAAGUAGGGUGACUGGAGGAAAAUUACCACAGAGUGGCUUUAACCAAAUGUUACGGUAUCAUGUUAGCUCUGUGACUGCAACUUGCUGAUGUGAACUAUGUUGUUUUGUAUAAAAUGUAUUCAUGUUUUAUAAUGUCGUCUCAAGAGAAUAAAAGUGCAGAGCAAACUAAACUAAAAACUUCUUGAUGAGGCCACUACUGAUCUGAGAUUAGAUGACAUCAGACAGCUGGAUUGGAUGUGAACUAGCAUGUAUGGAAGCACACCGUGUUACACUAUAUCUUUUGCUGGCUUUGACCUCUGAGCAUCUGUGUUCCAGCUGUACCUCGAUGAACACCAUGUUUGAUUUAAAACUUUAUGUAUGUGUGUGUGUGUCUGUUCCAGAGCCCGCUGUGGCUAGCUGUGUUCAGCGGCCAGUGGAUUUGGUGUUCCUGUUGGAUGGUUCUGAGAGGAUGGGACUGGAGAAC